CGAAACAUGCAUAUGUAUGAUGAGUCAGACUCGACUAGAGCGAGACGCCCUCUGUGAUAAGAGAAGUUUAGACCUCGGUGUGCACCGUUCAGGCUGCCAGAUCACCGGAGUGUUCACGUAGUGUUGGUGUCCUCGACUGCUUUAUACCAUGUCUGGUUAUGGUUAUGGUGCAGGAGGUUAUGGGCCGCCACCUGGGGGACCAUAUGGGUACCCCCCUCCACCCGGAGGCUACCCCCCUCCACCCGGUGGGUAUCCCCCACCACCUGGACCAUGGAGUCCUCCUAACCAAGGCUACGGUUGGUACCAAUGGGAGAGACCGUCUCACUGCCAAGGCGAAUUCUACUGGAUACACUGUGAGCCCGGGCAGAUCCCUUACAAUGCCGUGCACGCAGGAAGAGACAAGGACGGCGGCCCAUUGUACGCUGGCAGAGCCUACUACGAGGGUGACCUGCUACCAGCUAAGAUAGCUCCGUCACACCACAAGGCCUACGUACCGUACGGAGGCCGUGAACACACAGUGCACGAGUUUGAGGUGUUAAUAAGUCACCAUACAGCUUGGGUGGAGGACUGCCAUGGCAAUGUGCCCCUAGGAGCCAUCGUGAUAGGGCAGACCUGUGAUGGUGAGAACUUGUACAUGGGGCGAGCACAUCAUCAUGGCACGCUUACUCCGGGAAAAAUCCAGCCCAGCCAUGGAUGUCUCUACAUUCCAUACGGUGGAGACGAGAUCAAGUACAAAGAGUACGAAGUACUUAUUCUGAACUAAGUACCGUCAGGCAUAUUCCACAAUUACCAACUACAUGUAAACACCUUAACCCCGUAAUAAUAUUUGUUUGCCUUUGUUUCUGAAUGAAAGUCUAACUUGGAUGUGUUAUUAUUUAAACUAUGAUGCUUUGGAUUAAAUAAAUUUAUAUAUUUGUUCGUGUCAA